CGCACCUGGCCGGGCUACAAGGAUGUUAGCUAUGUGAAGGUCAUAUGACCCGGUAGCUCAACCACAUUUCAGCCUUCAAACAGCAGCUGGGACGCGGCACGAAAGCCCGGAUGAACAUCGCCGACUUCGUUGCUAACGCCGCCAAUGUUGUCGUUGAAAUGCCUGUCGAAUCUCUCUCCCGAACAAUCUACCAGACGCUCAAGCUCCCUAACAGAGUUGAGGCCCUUUACACUCUCCCGGCAUCGUGACAUCUUGCCAAGUCCAAGAACUAUCAUGCCACAAAGCUGCCACUCGUCAUGUUCCCACCACGAGGCAAAGGAAGAGCAAGAUGCCCGCGAUGCCCGGCUAGAAUCCUUCCAGGCCGAACCGGUUCGCGAUGGGAACAUCCUCGCAGAGGUGCCUUAUCGCCCCCUAGACCCGUUGGCCAGCCCAGAAAGGAUGGAUGAAAAGAUUGAAGAGAUUAUGCAGCCCUUCGUUGAGAAUAGAUAGCGUGACUUGCGUAGUCGUUGAGUUUGACUCCCAAUCCCCACGACUGGAACAGGAUAGGGUCGGAGAAAGGCCCAAGGUCCCGAGGGAGCGGUA